AUGGCAUCCAGCAGGUCUGAAGAGUCUACUCAAUCCAAACAACGCACAACGACGAUUGUGCUGGCUAUUCUGGCCAUUAUAUUCUUGAUUCUGAGGCUUGUCGCCCGGCGCAUGAAACGCAUUGGCCUUGGUGUGGAUGACUGGACCCUGAUCGUGGGCUUGAUCUUUGUUUUAGUUAUUGCUGGAGUCAAUCUUGCUUGCAUCCAGUAUGGCAUGGGACGGCAUACUGACACAAUCCCUCCAGUGGAGCUGCCCAUAUUCUUCAAGUUGAGCUACGCAUUCGAACCACUCUAUAUUACCACUGUCGGUAUCAUCAAGCUCUCCGUGUUGUUCAUGUACCAUCGGAUUUUUCCCGUCCGUCUCAUCAAAAUCGGUGGCUAUAUCCUAGGUGGAAUCACAUUAGCUUGGGUCAUAUCGGUCGAUCUUGUGGCCAUAUUUCAGUGUCACCCUGUGGCCAAGGCAUAUGAGCCAACCCUUCCCGGUCAUUGCAUUCAACUCAAAGCGGCGCUGAUUGGAAAUGGAGUGCCAAAUUUCGUGACAGAUAUUUUGAUUCUCGCCUUACCGGCCAGACUCAUCUGGCGCCUACAGGCAACACUGUGGCAACGAGUAUCGAUCAUCGGUGUUUUCUUGACAGGUAGCUUUGUCGUCUUUGCAAGCAUCUACCGCUUUAGUCUUAUAUUCAUUUUCAACGUGAACGACGUUGCAUGGACUCUUGCCGAUGCACAGACUUGGUGUGUGGUCGAGACCGCAGCGGGUGUUAUUUCCGCAUGCCUGCCUACGACUGCCCCCUUGGUCAAAACCUGUACAAAAGGAUUUAUCUCGACCGCACGCUCGCUUUCCAAAUCUAAUUUUACGCAGUCAGGAACCAGGACUUUCUCCAAGGGGGAUGCUGGUGCCACGGGGUCAAAUAGUGCAGGGAACAGGAUGACGGGAUUGCGAGCGGAAGGCACUCACCGCAGCAAUGGAAGCUAUGGGCUAUCAGAGUUGGGACCAGUAAGCCGGGAUAUCCCGCAUCUAAAGGGCAAGGGUUGGACAAUAAUCAGCGCUGAUGCCGAAAGCGACUAG